AUGCCAGAGGGAGAUAGUGAGCCCUUCUCUAACUCUUUGGCUCCAGAUGACCCCGAUGUGGUUGGGGGUCCUCAUUCCUUCUUCCAAUCAAAACUUACCAAUGAAGACUUCAGGAAACUUCUUAUGACCCCAAGAGCAACACCGACUUCUGUGCCACCUUCUGAGCCACGUCACCAUGAGAUGCCAAGAGAGUACAGUGAGGAUGAAGACCCAGCUGCACGAAGGGGGAACAAGAAAAGCUAUUAUGCCAAGCUUCUCCAGCAAGGCAUUGAGCAAGAGAGAGAACUCGCAGAGAAAUACUGGGACCAUGCCAAGGAAUGGAGAGAUAGUACAAACAAAGAUUAUGAGGAAACUAAGCUGAUAAGUACCACAGCCAACUACCGGGCGGUGGGUCCCACUCCUGAGGCACACAAAUCAGCAGCAGAGAAGAGAAGACAACUGAUUCAGGAGUUUAAAUUCUUGGGUGGUGAUAUGGAACACACCCAUCCGGUGAAAGGUUUGGAUUUUUUGUUGCUUCAAAAGGUGCGUGCUGAGAUCGCCAGCAAAGAGAAGGAGGAAGAGAAACUUCUGGAAAAGCUCCAAAAGGAAACCAAGAAAGAUGAGGAUCCUGAGAACAAAAUUGAAUUAAAAACUCGCCUUGGCCGAAAUGUGUAUCGGGUGCUAUUCAAGAGUAAAUCAUAUGAGCGAAAUAAGCUGUUCUUACCGGGACGUAUGGCCUAUGUAAUAGACCUGCAUGAUGAGGGCAGGGACACAGUCAUCCCCACCACUGUCAUACGCAGCAAGGCUGACUGCCCCACAGUGGAGGCCCAGACUACACUGACUACAAAUGACAUCGUUAUUCGCAAGAUCACCCAGAUUUUGUCAUACCUGAGGCAGGGGACCCAAAACAAGAAGCUCAAGAAGGAUAAAAGAAAACUGGAAGAAAAGAAACCUCCUGAGGUUGACAUGAACAUUUUUGAAGACAUUGGGGACUAUGUUCCUUCCACAGCCAAGACACCUUGGGACAAAGAGCAUGAGAGAUACCGGAAACAGGAACGUGAUCGGAAACAGGAACGUGAUCGGAAACAGGAACGUGACCAGAAACCGGAACGUGAUCGGGAACCGGACAGAGACAGGGUGCGAGACUGGGGACUGGAACGAGAGGAGGAAAAGAAAAGGCACAGCUACUUUUUGAAGCCGGAAGUGGAUGAUGAGCCCAUGGAUGUUGACAAAAGACCUGGAUCUGCAAAAGAGUUGAUCAAGUCAAUCAGUGAAAGAUUUGCUGGGUCUGCUGCUUGGGAAGGCACUGAAUCAUCGAAGAAGCCAGAAGAUAAGAAACAGCUGGGUGAUUUCUUCGGCGCGUCCAACAGUUACGCAGAAUGCUAUCCAGCCACGGUGGACGACAUGGACGUAGAUAGUGAUGAAGAGAUAAAUUAUAACAAAAUGGACCAGGGUAACAAGAAGGGUCUCUCGGGCCGCUGGGACUUUGUUACUCAGGAGGAGUAUAGUGAGGAUAUGAACAAGGAGGCUUUGCCCAAGGCUGCAUUCCAGUAUGAUAUCAAGAUGUCUGAAGGACGGAAAGCCAGACGAUUCAAAGAAACCAAUGUUAAGGCAGAGCUCAAUCGGCAGUGCAAGAAAAGUACAGUCCCCAAGAAGAGGAAGAAGAUGGAAGCAGAUGGGUUUGAAGUGAAAAGACCGAAGUACUGA